GACAUGUAACCUACUGGAAGGGAGCAAGAUGAUCUGCAAAUCUUUACUUUUGCUGUUCUCUGAAGAUAAUUUGCUUCAGGCAAGAGAUUUUUGGGUGCUGCUGAAAUUUCGGAGAUCUGGGAAAAUGGGGUAAUAGAAUAACAUGACACCAGUCCUUAAGCAGCAACAUCUGCUGUGGUUCAAAGCCACACAAAAAAAGCUACUUAAGCAGUUGAAUGUUUUGGACUGCAUGGACAAGUGUGGUUCAACUGCUAAGACUACAGUGUAGAGGGAACUUUCAGCUUAGAGAAGUUGUUUAAAAAUGGAGUCCUGGAAGAUGAACAUCUUUAAGAGACAAACAUCAUCUUAUCCUCCAAGCUAUCGAAGAUCUUUAUCAGAACCUGCUUAUGCAAAUUCAGAGAUAGGAACAAGCUUAAAGAGUUAUCCAUGGUGUGGUCCAUUGAAAAGCAAGAGGAAGAAAAAUGAACAUGAUGUUUCCAAUCUAGGAAAGCCAUUGAGUGCUUAUCGGUGGCAAACACAUCCCAGCUUUAGGUGCAAAGUGGGCAAGAAAGAGAGUACGCAAAAUAAUAAAGGAGACUUGGAUGAACUACAACAAAAGGUCCUGCCAAAGAUGGUUGAUGAUAAUGCUGCUGCUUCUGCUAAUGAGGUCCUUGGAACAUCAGCAGAGAAGCUGAACCUGGCCAACACCCGGUCAUUUCGGGUUCCAUUCACCAGAUCUAUUUCAGAGCCAGAACCCCGCUGCAGUAUCAGAUUUGUGAGACCAUCGCAGACUUCAGGGAGGUCAGUGGAGUCUGAGCAGCAGGGAUAUUUCAUCCGUGGCAUUUUCUCUACUCUUUCCAAUGGCUUCUCCAGGAUGCUGAGUCUAAAAGGAGAAUCAACCAGUGAGCCAGUAAGAGAAGAUGUGAAAGGGCCACCUACGCAUCGUCUGUCUUGUGGCCAGUCACCCUACACUGAUACGACAACAUGGGAGCGGAAGUAUUGCAUCCUCACAGACAGCCAGUUGGUGUUGCUCAACAAGGAGAAGGAGAUACCCACGGAGGGAGGACAGGAGCAGCAGGCCGAUUCCACCAAAGGGAGAUGCCUGAGAAGAACUGUCAGUGUCCCUUCCGAGGGUCAGUUUCCUGAGUACCCACCAGAGGGCACCACUAAAUUGGAGGUGCCAGCAGAAAGAUCCCCUCGCAGACGGAGUAUCUCAGGGACCAGUACCUCCGAGAAACCCAACUCCAUGGACACUGCAUAUACCUCACCCUUCAAAGUACCAGGGUUCUUCAGCAAGCGCCUGAAAGGCUCCAUCAAGAGGACCAAAAGUCAAUCAAAGCUUGACAGAAACACGAGCUUUCGGCUUCCAUCCCUUCGCAAUACAGAUGACAGGUCUCGUGGGCUGCCUAAACUGAAAGAGUCCCGUUCCCAUGAGUCCUUGCUGAGCCCAUGCAGUGCAGUGGAGUGUCUGGAUCUUGGCAGAGGGGAGCCCGUAUCAGUGAAACCGCUUCAUAGUAGCAUCCUUGGACAAGACUUCUGCUUUGAGGUUACCUACUUGAGUGGAAGUAAAUGCUUCAGCUGUAACUCCGCUUCAGAAAGAGAUAAGUGGAUGGAAAACCUUCGCAGGACAGUUCAACCAAAUAAGGACAAUUGCAGACGAGCUGAAAAUGUUCUUCGUUUAUGGAUCAUUGAAGCUAAGGACCUCGCCCCAAAAAAGAAAUAUUUCUGUGAACUGUGCCUUGAUGAUACCCUCUUUGCUCGUACAACCAGCAAGACCAAAGCAGACAAUAUUUUCUGGGGCGAACAUUUUGAAUUCUACAGCCUUCCACCUCUUCAUAGCAUCACAGUUCACAUUUAUAAAGAUGUGGAAAAAAAGAAAAAGAAGGACAAGAAUAAUUAUGUAGGUCUAGUCAACAUCCCCUCUGCCAGUGUAACUGGUCGCCAGUUUGUAGAAAAGUGGUAUCCAGUGAGUACACCUACACCGAACAAAGGAAAGACAGGGGGACCUUCUAUUCGAAUUAAAUCGCGUUUCCAAACUAUCACCAUUCUGCCUAUGGAACAAUACAAAGAAUUUGCAGAAUUUGUCACCAGCAACUAUACCAUGCUGUGUUCUGUCCUUGAACCAGUAAUUAGUGUGAGAAAUAAAGAGGAGUUGGCUUGUGCCUUAGUGCACAUUCUUCAAAGUACUGGCAGAGCCAAGGAUUUUCUGACGGACUUGGUGAUGUCUGAGGUGGAUCGUUGUGGAGAACAUGAUGUCUUGAUCUUCAGAGAGAAUACCAUUGCCACCAAGUCCAUUGAGGAAUACCUCAAGUUGGUGGGACAACAGUAUCUUCAUGAUGCCUUGGGGGAGUUCAUCAAAGCUUUGUAUGAGUCAGAUGAGAACUGUGAAGUGGAUCCCAGCAAAUGUUCAUCUAGUGAAUUGAUAGACCAUCAGAGCAACCUGAAAAUGUGCUGUGAACUGGCUUUUUGCAAGAUCAUCAACUCUUACUGUGUUUUCCCUCGUGAACUGAAAGAGGUGUUUGCAUCAUGGAAGCAGCAGUGCUUGAACCGCGGGAAGCACGACAUCAGUGAACGGCUCAUCAGUGCCUCGUUGUUCCUGCGUUUCCUGUGCCCAGCCAUCAUGUCUCCCAGUCUGUUCAACCUUAUGCAGGAGUAUCCUGAUGACCGCACGUCUCGGACUCUGACUCUGAUUGCCAAGGUCAUUCAGAACCUGGCUAACUUUGCCAAAUUUGGUAACAAAGAAGAAUACAUGGCAUUCAUGAAUGAUUUUUUAGAACAUGAGUGGGGUGGAAUGAAGCGCUUUCUUUUGGAGAUCUCUAAUCCAGACACCAUCUCAAAUACCCCAGGCUUUGAUGGUUACAUUGACCUGGGCCGGGAGCUUUCAGUUUUGCAUUCCUUACUGUGGGAAGUAGUUUCCCAACUUGAUAAGGGUGAAAAUUCCUUCCUACAGGCGACUGUGGCAAAACUGGGACCUCUCCCUCGGGUUCUUGCUGAUAUCACCAAGUCUCUGACUAACCCUACGCCAAUACAACAGCAGCUGAGACGCUUCACUGAGCAUAACUCCAGUCCCAAUGUCAGUGGAAGCCUCUCCUCUGGGCUGCAGAAAAUAUUUGAAGACCCUACUGACAGUGAUUUGCAUAAACUAAAGUCUCCAAGCCAGGACAACACAGAUAGCUAUUUCAGGGGGAAAACAUUAUUGCUGGUUCAGCAAGCCUCCUCCCAGAGCAUGACUUAUUCUGAGAAGGAUGAAAAGGAAGGUAGCCUUCCUAAUGGGCGGAGCAUCUCCCUCAUGGACCUCCAGGACACGCACGCUGCUCAAGUGGAGCAUGCGUCCGUCAUGCUCGAUGUGCCUCUGCGCUUGACCGGAAGUCAGCUUUCCAUAACCCAGGUCGCCAGCAUCAAGCAGCUGCGGGAAACCCAAAGCACACCCCAGAGUGCACCCCAAGUCAGAAGGCCCCUGCACCCAGCCUUGAACCAGCCAGGCAGCCUCCAGCCCUUGUCAUUCCAGAACCCUGUCUAUCACCUCAGUAACCCAAUCCCAGCAAUGCCAAAGGCCUCCGUGGAUUCCAGUUUGGAGAACCUAAGCACUGCCAGUUCCAGAAGCCAAAGUAACAGUGAAGACUUCAAACUCAGUGGACCCAGCAAUAGCAGCAUGGAAGACUUCAGCAAACGUAGCACUCAGAGUGAGGACUUCUCCAGGCGGCACACUAUGCCAGACAGACACAUACCUCUUGCUCUGCCCCGGCAAAAUAGUACUGGGCAGGCGCAAAUCCGAAAAAUGGACCAAGCCGGAUUGGGUGCCCGAGCUAAAGCCGCGCCGUCCCUGCCACACAGUGCUUCCUUACGGAGCACAGGGAGCAUGUCGGUGGCCUCGGCAGCCCUGGUGGCCGAGCCUGUGCAGAAUGGAAGCCGGUCCCGGCAGCAGUCCUCUUCCUCCAGAGAGAGCCCUGUUCCCAAAGUGAGAGCAAUCCAGAGACAGCAGACACAGCAGGUUCAGUCACCUGUGGACUCUGCCACAAUGUCCCCAGUAGAGAGGACAGCAGCCUGGGUUCUGAACAAUGGGCAGUAUGAAGAGGAUGUGGAAGAAACUGAGCAAAAUCAAGAUGAAGCCAAGCAUGCUGAGAAGUAUGAGCAGGAAAUCACUAAACUGAAGGAGCGCCUGCGAGUGUCCAGCCGGAGGCUAGAGGAGUAUGAGCGCCGGCUGCUGGUGCAGGAGCAGCAGAUGCAGAAGCUGUUGCUGGAGUACAAGGCCCGGCUGGAGGACAGCGAGGAGCGGUUGCGCCGGCAGCAGGAAGAGAAGGACAGCCAGAUGAAGAGCAUCAUUAGCAGGCUAAUGGCUGUGGAGGAGGAAUUGAAGAAGGAUCAUGCUGAGAUGCAAGCAGUUAUUGAUGCAAAGCAGAAAAUAAUCGAUGCACAGGUCCUAAAUGGAGAUGAGAUUAUUCAAACAGGAAAAACGGAUCGUGUCCCUGGAUUCGGCCAACACCAGACUGAUGAGCGCACUGACCCAGGUGAAGGAGCGGUACAGCAUGCAGGUCCGAAAUGGCCUCUCUCCCACCAACCCCACCAAGCUUUCCAUCACGGAGAAUGGUGAAUUCAAAAACAGCAGCUGCUGACGGCCUUGAUGACUAGACAGACUGUGGGAGGAGACAGAAGGAAAUGUCCCCGCUCUCCUGUCCCCGCCCUUCCCCCAACCCCACCAGGUUUACAGAAUGUUGCUACUUCAGAACAGCAGUGAGGAGAGACACUCUCAAUUGAAGAAGGAACCUUGUCUUUCAGGGCAUAAGGCGAAGACUCCCGAGGUCGAUGAUUUCCCCGCGUGUCUCUGUGUACAUAGGGAACUUAGUUCUGGGCCAUGUACAGAAAAUACCACUGUAAUAUACCCAAAGGAAGUUAAUAAUGUAGAUUACCUUUUUAAUUAUUGCUAUUUUUAUUAUUGUUUUCUCUUGUUGAAAGCACUGCAGUUGUUAGUUGUAUGAGUGAGAAAUGAGCCCAGUGGGUCAGUAUGUAGAGACCCACUGUCUGUCUGUCUGGUAGAAGCGCACGGUGUACAAUAGGACAUUUUCAGAAUGAAUUUUUUCAGGGAUUCAUCUGCCAGUUUAAAAAAAAUCCCACUUCGGCCCUCUGGUCCUUUAGGAAAACAUGCAAAUACUAAGGUCCAAACAAAACAUUUGAUCCCACUGAUAAACCAAGACUGGCUCUGGAUGGACAGCUACUCCACUUUGGGGAUAUGCUGCUUCAGAGGACACAGACGAGAGCUCUUGCAUCAAAACUGGACUUCCUGAGGAGUGAGUUCUAUUGAACUCUAGUUGGUGUUUAUCCCCUUCUGUCUAUAGCAGAUGGGAAUUUUCCAUUUUAGAUAGGGGGCUGUUUUUUUACCCCAGUUGUAAUAAAGAGUGUUCUCUUUCCUCUUUAGAGUUUACAAAACUAUAAAUAUUUGUGUCUGUACACACCAUCUCCACCUGCCCACACCCACUGCCCUCCCCGCCCCGGUGGUGGCAGCAGCGUCACCAACAGGGUUUACUCUCCCCUGGAGAGGUUCUUCCAAUGUGCUGUCCAUAAAUCAUCCAGAACAGACACCCUUUCUUCCGCACAGAAAAGGGCUAACCAUACCAUAGCAGGAAUCUCUGACUAUUUCCUAUUUAAAAACAAAACAUUUUCUAUUUGUAAAUUAUAAUUUUUAUUUGGGAUAAAGAUUUUAUUCAUUAUACUAGCAUAUCUCUAGGCAGGGUAAUCUUAUCUCAAUCUUUAACUUUUAAGUUGCUCCUUUAAUCCCUUAAAUAAAAUUUGGGAAGGAAAUCCAGAUCUGAAGCGUCACCCUGAAGAGUGAUGACUCUCUUGUAAGAAAAGAAACCCAAAGUGGGAGGCAGCGCGUUCCGUGUGCUGCCCCCAUGCUCUCAGUAGAUUCGUCAGUAAUUACUGUCUCACCAGUUGUCAUCUUGGCUUUAGUGUAGGACAGAAACAGUCGUGGAAGCUGAUUGGUUUCCUUUUUUCCAAAGGUGUGAAUUGUCAUCUUGAAUGCAACCCUGAUUAUCAGAAGCAUAGAAUGUUACAUGUUAGCCAUUAUAUAUACAAAUAUAUAUAUAUACAUAUCUAUUCACACAUGUGUACAUAUAACCACACAAAUAGAACUCGUUCAUGCCUUCUGUGCUGUGAGGUAUAAUGUUAAAAGGGUGUUGAAUCUCUUUAAGCAAGAUCUAAGCAGUUGUUUCUAUUGGCAGAGAACAUUUAUCAAGUUAAUGCUCUAUUAAAUGAUAAACUUUAAGGAAAUUUUAAAAAAGGAAAAGAGGCGUGGGGGAAGAAAGACCGGAGGGAGCCCUGUGCAGGAGUGAGUAUUUCUGCAUAACAGAAUAUUUGGAAGGGAACAGGAGAAUGUUUAUCUAUCGGGUCCUCUUUUGAGAAGCCUAGACAGCGGCCCUGAGUCCCUUUCGCAGCGCCCCCGCUUACGUUCUGACGCUUUAGCGCUGCCCUCUCUCGGGUGGGUCUUUGUGUUGGUCCUUGUAUCUCAGCAGCCUCCCCAACCCCCGAACUUUUAAAGCAUUUCCCUUCAUAACACUCCCAUUUCUGCCAGUCAGGAUUUCAAGCAGGAGUUCGUCACAGUGCUUAUCUGAUCUGCAGACCUCAUGCCCACAUGUUUGGUACCCAUGUAUUUUCUUGAUCUUUGAUAGUUAUUUUACAAAUUCUUACCUCUCCUCUCCAAGCUGAAGGCACACUGUAGUCAAAAUCACUUACUUAAAUGGGGGUGGGGGUUAACCAAUUCUGCAGUACUGCCCUUUGUGGGAGAGGAUAAUAUAAACAUAGGUCCACUGUUGCUCAUCUCUAGCCAGGUUUAAUUCUAAUUCAUUCUUCGUAAAAAUCCGUCAACUGUGCUGCAGAAAACCUGGUAAAAGUAUCGUUGGUGUCGAGGGCCUUACGUAUGUAACGUGGGUGAUGUCUUGCUUGAGGUUCGGAAGCUCUCAGGUGCCAGUUAUGGAUUACUGAGGCUGAUAAGCUUACCUGUCCUGGGGGCCUAGACACAGAACAUCAAAUGUGUUUUUGGUGGAUGCAAUUUUUCUUGUUGGCAUGUGGGAGCUCCUUAGAGCUGCCUCCUUUGGAAGAUUAAAUGCCCAAAUGUUUGGAUAGAUUAUGCAGCCCUCUAUUAUCAGGUUAUCUCGAAUGAAGAGAAGAGAAUAAAAAAUAAUAAAGUUAGACAUAAGCUAGAAGUUCAGAGUUGUUGCCAGAUGUUAAAUGUUAGAUUAUCCUUUGAGCCUGUUUCUAUACAAAUAUUUUUCUGAGUUUUUCUUUAGAAAAUGCUGCAAUCUAUAGAGCUUAUUCUGAAAUGUUUUUUUCUCAGGUGUGGAAGAAGGCAGCAACAGCUGACUUUUUAUGGAGGUAUAGCUUAGUUGGCUUUGCUCAGCCCCAAUAGGUACCAGCCUCUGUGCUAUUGGGAGGAGGGAUAUGGGGAAGAAGAAGGUGGACUCAGAUGGCCGGGCCUUGCACUUCUACCCAGCACAUCGCCACAUUGUGUGUGCUGCAGAGACACAGAUUGUGUGGAAUUUGGAGGUCAGGGGGCAUGCUUACUAAGUGCUUAUCCCACUAACAACCAAACAUGGCCGUUGACAAGAACAGUGCUGACAGGAUUCAGGAAAAGAGCUUCAGAUUCCCCUUUUAUAUCAAUGGGCCAAAGGAGUUACAUUUCCAUCAAGUCAUCAUAUUCCCUGAGUCUCUGCAAUAUAAGCCCUGACAGAGAGGAUGUUGUAACUAGGCAACUGGAGCACCGUCUGUGUGCCGGGCUCUAUCGCCAAGGUGCCGUUGGGGUCUGGGACAAUCUUUUGGUAAGAAAGAUGGCAAAAUGAGGUAACCAUGCUGCUGUAGCUUUUGGCUUUUUCCAUUGUUAUCAAGUUGGUCAGAAUUAGCUUUUUCUGGGCUGCUUCCACCUUUCCCUGCGAUGUUGUCAGACAGGGCAAGGAAAAGCAGGAUUUUCUGUCAUGACCACUGUGUGCCCUUGAGAAUGAGCUUGACUCUAGAAGUCAGGCUUCUCACAUCCUAGUCUACCUGUGGCCUUUGUUUGUGGAUCUGCAGUUCUGUCCGCCCUGUCCCCGGAGGUACACCAGGUUGGGAGCAGUUCUGUUUUGGAAGCCCCAGAGCAAGACAGCUGCCAUCAAGUGAGCUUGCAUUGGUGUUUGUUUUCCUUCCAUUAGGUUUAGCUCUAGUUAUCUCCAGUUGGGAGUUCCUGGGAAGUCCGGUUGUGGGAUUGAACUUGGGGAAGGAACCCUCUUCAGGAUGACCACGUCCCAUAUGACUCUGAGCCCCAGGCUUACCACCAGACUGGACUUUGUCACUGGGCCUGACUCAGCAGCUCCGAAGCCUAUGCCACAGCUUCGCUGACUUUUCAGCCACACCUUUGGAGGCCACCGUCUCCUGCAGACUGGAAGGGGCUUUCCUCUCCCGUCCCCUUCCUCUUUCAAGUCUAGCAGUGAAACCUCCUGUUUGCCCCAACAGUGAACAGUUGCCUUCCCACCCCUACCUGGGGGCCAAGAAUUCGUUUUUAUUGAUAUGUCAAUUGGAAGGACCUAUUUUACUAGUUGUUUUUUUAUGUUGUUGUUUUUUAAAAAAUAUUUUUUUAUUGACUUCAGAGAGAAA